AAAAAAAAAUGCAGCCGCCUAGUUCAGAAGAGGACAUAUUGAAUUUUAUGGCCGUUACCGGGUGUUAGGAUUAUGAGAAAGCAUAGUCUUACAUUUAAAUGGCUGAAAAUAAGCUUGAUGUAUUGAGAAACUUUAUUUAGAAUGCAAUUCAACUCUAUAUGGAUUUUGAGGGAGGUCAAGGUCAAAGCGCCUAAUAGAAGAUAUAAUAAGAUUAAUAAUAAUAGAGGUCAACCAUUUAAGAAACUCCAAAGGGUAUAAUCUAUUGCUUAUAGAUAAAGGAAAUGUUUAAAGAUCUAAUUAAGGUAAUUCCAGAUAACCUCAAGAUGUCGCAUUAAUAGAAAAAUAUCGGAAAUAUUCAGAAGAAAAGAGAGCAAAAGAUGAAGGCAUAAUGAAAAAAACUCUCCAAUUAGGUGCGAAUUUAUUCUCUUAUUUUUGUAAUGUUCAUGAUUUUACUUAGUUAAUAAUGCACCUAAUUACGGUAAUGAAUUCUUGCAAUACCUCAAAAAAUACUAGAUUCAAACAGAGAUUGCAUUUCAAUCUGGAAAUUUCAAGGACAAAAUGUAGAAAGCGAAUGAAGAAACUAGGCCAUUAUUAGUUUAUUUACAUAAUCAUUAAAGUUUAUCGAUAUUGUAGAAAAUGUCUAGUUGCAAGCCCUUUAGCUCAAUUCUAAAUAAAAAUUACAAUAUAGUUGGAUUCUUGAAUAGUCCAUAGGUUUAUGAGCAAUUACCAAAUAAACCAGAUCCCCCUGCAAUUUUAAUUUAUAAAUUAGAUAUAGUAGAUGAAAUUGUGUUAAUGGAACAAUUUUCUUUAUCGAUAGAUACCAAUUUUGAAGAAGUAGCAUAAAAAAUAAAGACAUUAAAGGCUACCUUCAAUAAGGAAUAUAUUUAUAUAGAAAAUAUCAAAAAGGAAGUCAAUUCUCCUAAUUAACCCAACCUAUAUCAAAGUCACUAUUAUUAACAAAGUUUCCACUAAGUUUAGUAGUAAUAGCAAUCUCAAGUUUAGAGAUAGAAGGAAGAUUAAAGGGAAAGAGAUUUAUUAAUUUAAUAAUAAAAAGAAGCAUAUCGUUUUGCUGAAUAAUAAGCUAUAGAGAAAAAAAGAAAGGACGAAGAAUUAAGAUUGUAAGAAUAAGCCAAAUAAUUUGAGUAAUAGUAGAAAGAAGUAUUAUAAAAUUAUCUAUUUGUUUAGGAGUAAAGAUUAUUGAAAAAAGCUUAAUUAUUAUCUAAUCUACCUGAAGAACCUUAGAAUUCAGAAGGCAUUUCGAUUCUGUUCCGAUUUAUAAAUGCAACAAGAACCAGAAGGUUUAAUUUUAAUGAUAAAAUCUAAGUAUAUGUGAUUUAUAUAGAUAGGUCUUAUUUGAUUUUGUAGAAAGUCAAGAAGACGAUUGUUUUAAUGAUCCACAUUCCCAAAUUGAUUUAAUAUAAAAUUUCCCAAGACUAUCAUUAAAGGACAAGACAGAAUCCAUCAUAAGCGAAGUGUUUGUUGAUUCUGAAAUGGAAUAAUUAAUUGUAGAUGAACAAGAGUGAUUAUUAAAUUAUCAUUUAUUAAUUAUA